GCGGGCGCGGGGCGGCUGGCACUCGACGCUCCCAUCUGCCCCGACAUGGUAGCGGCCAUCUCCCGCGACGCGCUCGUGGCGCAGUGCGAGUGCCAGAUUAUGUCUCAAGUGUGGGAGGCGGUAUGGGGCGGUGGCGCGCGUGUUUCAUGGGCUGACGUGUGCCGGGAGCGCGCCGCACGCGCUUCUGACGCCGCCGCCGCCGCCGCGAGACUUGCCGCCGCCGCUGAUGGCGCUAAUGUGCACGGUUCAGAAAUAUAUUCAAACAUACCCGUGACGGUGACCGACAUCCACCACCGGAGCCGGCUAGUUGAUACCCGGUACCCCCGCUACAACGAGACCUCGUUCGACGAGCCCCUCCCUCCCAUGCACCCCCCCUACGCGGUGCCCCCCCACCUCAUGUACCCCCUGCCCCACGACAUCCCCGUCACCGUGACCAGCCAGCUUGUCAUGACCCCCUACGGAGUCCCCUACUACUACCCAGUCCAAGCACCCUAUAUGAUCCCCACACCAGUCUACGCGCCUAUAAAACAAGCCACUAACGUACCUAUCAACGGAUACCCCCCCACUACACAAUAUAACAGGUAUCCUUCUGUACCCACUGCCCAGCUCAUCGAACUCGACUCCCCGUCCGUUUACGAAAACGGCCGCUUUGACAAACACCGGGACGAUGACCGAAGUCACAGAAGAAGCAGGCAGCCCGAAAGUUCGAGAAGGAAUAGCACGUCAAAGUCAGGAUUCAGUGACGUGUCGCUCCCUAGUUUACCGCGGUCUGACACUCAACCGGCCUUGAGCAAAGCGAGGGAAGACGGGAUGGGAACUUACGAGAGCUGGGAUUACGUGUUUCGAAAUCUUUCGAGCAAAGAGCAGGACGGGGAGACUCGGAGCCGGUAUUCCCCGUCUCUGGAUCGGGAUUCCCGGACGCUGGACCGGUUAGACCGGGAGGAGAGGCGGGCGAAGUAUCAGCCGACCACCCUCGAUUUGGAAGACGGCUUGCAAGCGCUAAACAUCGACAGAUCCUACGACGAGGACGCGUACCGGACGGCAAAAGUCAACGAGAAUUUGAUGCGAUUGAAACAGGAGCAGGAGUUGAAGCGAGCUAAGCAGUUAGCUAGAAAGCAGAUGGACGAGCGAAAGCCUAAGAAACUGGAGCCUAUUAAAUCCGACGCGUUGAUAUCGACUAAAGUGGCGCCCGACAAAGUCAAACUUUUAAGUAAGAAGGACGUGAAAGAUAGGAAGGAGGUGAUAAAGCAGCAGAGUUCGAUGAACGGGUCGGUGGCAAGUGUGGAGGCCAAGAAAGUGCGGAAACCAGCCAAGCUCGUCGCGGCCGAGGCCGAGCGGCCCGCGCGUCCCGCCAAGCCACUUGAGAAUGGACACAGCAGCGGACAUAGUUCGAAAACGACGCCUGCACCGCCGCAGGCGAAUUACGACCUUAAGGCGCAACUAAUAGUGUCGCUGGACGAGCCCGACGCGCGCCGCUCGCCGCCGCGUCCCGUUGCCAACGGGGACCCCCCUCGCCCCGCCUCAGCCGCGAAGCGCGACAGGUGGGAAUGCUCCACGUGCACCUACCUCAACAAAGACACAGUGGCCGCCUGCGAGAUGUGCGGUAAGUCCAAGCGAGGGCCUGAGAUCCAGCCGCUAACCUCAGGCGGUCGCGAAUGCCCCGCCUGCACGCUCGUCAACCGACGGGACGCGAGGGUUUGCGACGCCUGCGGCACCAGUUUAGACCACUGUCCUACGUAUAUUUAAACGGUUAAGGGCGCUUUUCGCUUGGAAAUUACGAUUGUGUUUUGUUUUCAUUCGAUGGAGGAAAGUAAACGACGAUUGUCUUUUGUUUUGAUCGGUGUAAAGAAACGCACAUUACGCACAUAUUGCAGCAGGCUGUCACAGAUUGUACAGUAACAGUAGCAUACAUUUUGACAAGGAAACACGAAGAAAAAAUAAUAAAAUGAAAACAAACUGAGCAGUGCUACUCUGUGCGACUUGGUGCCACUUUUGACCCUUCUUAUUUUUGCAUUAAUAAUAGGCACUUAAAGGUUACAAGCUUACAAGACAGAUAUGUAUCAUCCUAGAUUGCUUCCCACUUAACAUCAGGUGCGAUUGUGGUCAAAUACCUGCCUUGUUAUGCAUAGAAAAUCCUACUACUGCUUCGGAACAGUACUAUCGCAUCAUGCAUUUUUGAGCAUUUAAUAAUAAAAUCCAAUUUCCAAUAAUAACAUUUAAUCCAAUACCAAUCUGUUCUUUCCAAGCGAAAUUGUGUAAUUCUCAGCGAUAGGCCUAGGUGCGUUCUUAUGAUCGGAAAGUUUGUAUCGGGUUGCCAACUUAUGUCUAAUCAUUUUAGUAUUUAUUUUAAUAGAUUAGGUUUUGUAAGUUUCUUUAGCACAAACUACGAUUGCCAAUUUUUUAACGAGGAAUGUUACGUUCUGAAACGAGAUUUGUGUUUAUUUUCGUAAUUAUUUUUGGCAAUACAACAUAAUUAUUUCUUGCAGGAAGUAAUAAGAUCAGCUGUAAUGUUACUUUUCUAUUACCUUCUGCUAAGAAAAUGUUAUAGUAAACAUGUAUUGUUAAACGGUAUUAUAAGCUAAAUGUUAAAUUCAUGUUUCCUAAAUAUAAUACGGAUACCUAUCAUUAAGUUUGGCG